ACGGACGAUAGUGGUUACUUAAAAACAAUUAAUUAUUGAAUCAGACUCUUCUAAAGUUAUUUAAACUAAAAUAUUUCUGUUUAUCCAUCGGACCUGAAAAAUCGUUUUAUCGUCCCUAUUUAUUCGAACUUAGACAAUAGAAAUUAAAACUAGUCCAUAGGCUUACUGUUAAAGUAAUAGUGUAGUAUAGGGCUCAGUAAUCGGCGAAAAGUAAAGUUGAAAAGUACCUAACCUAGGCUGAAUUGAUACAGGCUAACGUAUGCAGCUUAUUGUAGCCUAAGAAUUAAGAAGAUUUAUUAAUAAGUUUAUCGUUAUUCAUCGUGUUAGUUAGACGUCACCAGCUGGGUGUCGUCGGCUACACACGUUGUUAGACGUCAUUUUUCAGUUUUUGUUUUUGUGUCGUCAUGUCCCUACAAACAAAAGUUUGGUCUUUGUUGAAUGUCCUGCUCCGAGUUCCUCCCGUUUUUAUUAUGGAUGCCUUACUGAAUGCUCGCUUGGGACUUUCACCUUACAAACCUGAAAAAGAUGACUACCAGGGGAUGGUAUCUGACAACUCGGCAGAAGAUCAAGAUGUCAUUGAUAACGAUGGAUCUGUAUUGACUUGGUUUUUCCUUUAUUCUUCAGGUUUCUGUGCUGCAUUUUUCAUGUUUCUUCUGAACACCAAGCAAUUGCUCUCAGUUUACUUAUGGUUAGCAUCGAUUGGAGUCAUCUUGUGGUCAUACAUUGGCAAUGAAGAGUACAUGAAGUAUGCAAUUGGUCUCAGAGAAAAAAGCAGUAAUGUUGGUUAUGAACUUUUAAUCUUAAACCUUCAGGCUUUUCUGAAGUUUGGUGGAAACUACUUGCUGCAAGUUUUUUUGGCCAUGGUAUUCUGCUUCUCUAAUAGCUCUUUUCAGAAUAUCCCACCUAAAAGAAUAGUUGGACUGUCCUUCAUAGGACCUACAAUAAUCAGUCUCUUACCUUUCCCUGCGUCUGUUCUGCAAUGCACGCCACUGUUUUCAUCUGCUGUAGCAUUUUUCUACAUUUUCAUAUCCUUGUUGAGUCACGGAAGACUGAUCAUUGAAGCUCUCAUCAGUGGGUUUCAGUGGUGUAAUGACGUGAUCAAACAUUACGGCUUAUACAUGUUGCUCGAGAACCAGUGGUUAAGAUUGCAAGUUCCGCAGGUUUUAAGAGUCUUCUGGCUAACCAGGGUAACAGAACAAGCAGUGUUACUCUUGGCAGACACUUUCCACGGGACUAAUGCCACUGGUGGUGUGCUUAGCAUGUUAUUUGACAAUUCCUACAUCAUUACAAAAGAGCUGCUGAUUCGAGGAUGUGAAACCCUUGUGGCAGUUCUAGGAAUGACAAGUGUGGUUUCUUCUCUUUCUCAUUAUAUUGGAUACAGCAUGCAGUGUUUCUUACAUCUCGAAGAUCCAGAAGAUAGGAGUAUUGGAACUGUAUCUGCCAUUCUCUUUUUCAUUCUUGCAUUACAAACAGGUCUAACAGGAAUGGAACCAGAAAAGAGAUUCCUGCGGCUUUACCGGAACAUAUGCCUUCUCUUUACUGCAAUUAUGCACUUUGUUCACAACAUGGUUAACCCUCUUCUUCUCUCAUUGAGUGCCUCCAAAAAUACAUCCUACAACAAGCAUGGUCGUGCUCUCACUGUUUGUGCCUUUCUCAUUGUUUUCCCUUGCUGGUUUCUUGCUUAUCUGUGGAGCAAACACACUGUAAGCACGUGGCUUCUCGCUGUCUCUGCAUUUAGUAUUGAAGUUGUGAUUAAAGUUGUCAUUUCUCUCUUGGUCUAUUUACUCUUCAUGAUUGAUGCUUACCGAAACACGUUCUGGGAGAAACUAGACGAUUAUGUCUACUACAUACGUGCAACUGGUAACACCAUAGAGUUCAUUUUUGGUAUUUUUCUUUUCUUCAAUGGUGCGUGGAUACUACUGUUUGAGUCAGGUGGUACGAUCAGAGCUUGUAUGAUGUGCAUUCAUGCUUAUUUCAACAUAUGGCUGCAGGCAAAAUCUGGGUGGAAGGUUUUCAUGAAACGGCAGUCCGCUGUAAAGAAGAUUAAUUCCUUGCCAGAAGCCUCAGAAGACCAACUGAAAAACUUUGAUGAUGUUUGUGCUAUCUGCUACCAGGAACUAAAUAACGCUAGAAUAACUCGGUGUAACCACUACUUUCAUGGUGUUUGCUUACGAAAAUGGCUGUAUUUACAGGAUAUAUGUCCACUGUGUCACAAAACCUUAUACAAUCUAGAAUUUGAAGAAUCUCACCCAGAAAAUGAGAAUGAAAACCCUGUUGUAGAAAAUGAAAUAUUACAUGAACACCAAGAUUAAUUAAGGCUAAAUUUAUAACACCUAAAAAUAUUUAUUUAAAAUUUGGUAAUUUAUAAUUUAAAAAAAAAUCAUUCUUCAUCCCAUACGUGUAAUACUUUUCAAACAUUGUUGAAAGUUAACUUUGUACGGAGCUAGCUUCAGCAUUAUUCUUGCUUUAAUUUAGUGUGCAUUGUCGUUCUACAGUUUUGUGAAUUAAAAUCGUACAUGUGCAGGUGGUUAUUAUUUAACCUCGAUAAAAACUUGUAUGACCAUAAAUCAUAAUGUGGCCGGUUUUUACAUGGUCAUUCUAGGGAAUGAUUAAAGUUCAAAAUUAGAACUUUUAUUAUUGUUGAUACUGGUGGUGUUGUGAUCUGGUAUAUGAUUUUUUUUACUUAGUGUUUACUGUAUUUCUAGUGAUUUUUUUGUCCUUGUAAUAGUAAGAAAAG